GUAUCAGUCGCUUCCACUUUUCGUGUUAUACAUACUAACAGUGCAGAACCUACGCUUAAUGCUAUCCUGCCAAAACUGGUAUAUUCCACACCUAUUUCGCCGACAGCUAUUUCGUUGACAAAUAUGGCCCGAUUUAGGGUUAUGAUUGGCUUGCUUAAUAGUUGGCAUUAG